AUGAAGCACAUAUUUGGCACUUCUUCCCUGUGUACCCUCCUUUACAUUUUCUCCUCCUCCUGGCUCUUCAACGGGGCUGAAGCUAGCGGCAGAGAGCAAUAUCCCGCACUUGGAAACAGCCCAAGUGAACAAGCCCUUCAAUUAAGAUCCUUGAGUAACCAGUUAAGGCCAUGUGAAUACAGAAAUUCGGGUGAAGGGCACGUACAAAAAUGGAUGGGAGAAUUAAAUCAAGAAUUCAACCAAUUUAAAGAUAUAAAAUUGAAAGAAAUUGAAAAAACCGAAAAACAAAAGGAGGAAGCAUGGGACCAUUGGCUCACCGCCCUGCAACCAGAAUGGGUUACUUUUAGCGACUUUGUUGAAGAAAAAAAAAAAAGGUGGAUCCAGAAAAAGGAAGAAGAUUGGGGUGUGUGGAUAAAGGAUAUGGAACACAAAUGGAUUAAUUAUAAAAAAAGAAAGGACAGAAAAUUCCUAUCCAAGUAUAGGGACGGUACUUUAGACUGCACUGAGCGUGAAUGGAACAUUAUGCUCAAAAGAGAAAUAGAAGAAUGUAUGAUCGCUGACUAUAAAAAAUGGAUGAAGGAUGCAGAAGAUAAUUUACGUAAAUGGAUGUCGAAAGAUCUCGAUAUAUGGAAGAGAAAAAAAUUCGAUGAAUGGUUAAAUGUAGAAUGGAAAAAAGAAGAAGAUACUUAUUGGUCAAGGGAUUCCAAUACACCUUAUGGACACAGCAUGAACCCAUUAUUCUCAUUAAUUAAAAAAUCCUUCGAUAUGUACAAUGCUAGAAAGAAGAGAGAACAGGAACAUUGGAAUAAGCUCAUUGAAAAUGUUGGAAAAACUAUUACCAGUAAAAAGUUCCUUGAGUGGGAAAACAUGAAAAAGAGCAAAAGCACUUAUUAUAGCCAGUGGAUGGACUUCUUCCUUCAACAGUGCUUAACUUCCAGAGUUACGGGAAAUAGAUCCAAUUACUACUAA